AUGGCGCGAGGGCGAGCAGCGGGCGCGCGGGGAGGGGCAGCGGCGCGCGGGGCAGGGAGGGGCGGCGCAGGAAGAGGAGCGGUAGAGAUCGGAGAAGGAGGCGUGGGGACGGGGGGGGUAGCGAUGGGCAUGGAAGCGGCGGGGCGGAUGGCGGGGGGGUGGGUAGCGGCGGGAGAGGUGGUAUCGCCGUCGGAGGUGCCAUCUGGGGGAGGCGUCAUCUCCCCCUGGUGCAUGCACGUGCACACCGUGCUCGGCACGCGCCUGCUCGUGCCCGUCGCUCCCAGCGCCUCCAUCAGCGACCUCCUCCGUGCGUUCCCCUUCGCGCUCCCCGUCCCCCCGUCCCGCACGUCCAGCUCGUCUCCCCCGUCCCCCACUGCUGCCUUCCCCCCCCUUCACUGCUGCCUUCCCCCCCCUUCACUGCUGCCUUCCCCCCCCCUUCACUGCUGCCUUCCCCCCCCUUCACUGCUGCCUUCCCCCCCCUUCACUGGUGUCUUCCCCCCCUUCACUGGUGUCUUCCCCCCCUUCACUGGUGUCUUGCCCCCCCCUUCACUGGUAUCUUCCCCCGUCCCCUAUGGAGUGGCACGUGCCACCCCUCCCAAGGGCACGUGCCACCCCUCCCUGGCGCAUGCAAAUUCUUUCAAUCCCUCCUUAGAAGUGCUGCGCCAGGCCACUCUGUUUGACGUCGCCCCACAACUCAAACUGGCUGACGUGUUGAAGCCUGAUGACGUCAUCCUCGCUUUUACUGGGGAUGCUGACGUUGCUGCUGAUGUCAGCGACUAUCUGACACACCACCUUGCCUUCGGCUCCUCUCUUCCGAGUCACAACGAAUCUCCCUUUAGCCCUCUCGACCACCAUUCACCGUCUCCUCACCACCAACUGCCACGUGGCAGUCUCUCCAACGACCACGUGGCGUUCCAGCGUGGGCUGCUGUCCGCCCUCGCUGCUUCUGACGUGGCAGGGAGGGGGGUGAAGGCGGUCAGCGAAUCAGGGGAGGGGAGGAGAGUAAGGGGGGUGGUGGUGGGGGGAGGGGGGAAGAGAAUGCGGCUGGAGGGGGAGGAGAUGGAGCGGAGGGGAGGGGACAACGUGCCCUUGUUGACAGAUGGGCCGGCGGGAGAGGGAGGAAUCAGUGGAGAGGGGGGAGGAGGGCGAGGGGAAGGAGGGCGGGGAGAGGGAGAAAGGGAAGGGGGAGGAGUAGUGAGAGGCGCGGAGGUGGGUGGUGAGAAUGGGUGGGUGCUUGGGAGCUGCGAGGGCAAGGAGAAAGGAGCGGUCGAUGAGAGACCAGAGGCGGGAGGGGGACAUGGGAGGAAGCAUGGGGGAGGGGAGUCAGGGGGAGGGGAAGGAAACGUGCAGGUGGGUGGAGAGGUGACCGCUGAAGGGGGGGGUGAGAGGAAGCGGAGGAGGGAGGGCAUGGAAGAGCAGAGGGUGGGUGAUGGCACUGGAGAGGAGGGAGGUGCGGAGAAGGUAGAUGGGAAGAGAGCAGAUGGUGCGUCUGAUGGUGAGAAGAUGGGUGGGGAGAGUGUGGGUGUGGUACGGGCAGGGAAAAGACAAAGAGUGAGGGAGGGGAGUGAGAAGGAUGGGGUGGUGGAGGGGAUAGAGGGGGAUGGGGGGGUGGUGGACGGAGUUGCGUUGGAGGGAAGAGGGGGUGAGAAGGGGAAGGGAAAUGAGAGAGAUGCGACUGUGAGGAGGAAAGAGAGUGGUGAAGGGGAUGAGUUGAAGGAGAGGGAAGGGGUAAAGGAGAAGGAAGCUACCAAGGGAAAAGGGAAAGAUGAGGCGAAAGGGAAAGAUGAGGUGAAAGGGAAAGAUGAGGUGAAAGGGAAAGAUGAGGUGAAAGGGAAAGAUGAGGUGAAAGGGAAAGAUGAGGUGAAAGGGAAAGAUGAGGUGAAAGGGAAAGAUGAAGUGAAAGGGAAAGAUGAGCUAAAGAGGAAGGACGAGAUGAAGGGUAUGGAAGGGAAGAGCGGGAAAGUAAGUGGGAAGGGGAAAACAGCUGAGGGAGGGCGUGAGGAGGAGGAAGAGGGAGCAGUGAAUGGGGUGAAGGAGGGCCGUGCACCACAUGGUGCUGGCGAUACUGCCCGGGGUGCUGUGGUGAAGGGUGGUGGUGGAGGGGGUGCGAAUGAGGAAGUGGAGCGAACAGACAAGGCUCAGACGAGAUCCUCUGCUGUUGCUGCUGCUGCUGCUGCUGCUGCGAGCAAGGCAGUGGCAACGAAAGGAGCAGCAAGCAAGACGAGUGGGGAAAAAGCAGACAACAAAGCAGGUGCGGGUAAAGCAGCAGAUGACAAGAAACUAGCAUCGAAGGCAGGGGGGGGCAAGCAAGACGGAGGAAGCAAAUCUAGUGUACCAGGUUCAGGAGGAAAAGAUGCUGACGCAGAAGGACCCAGCAAAGGAGCUAGCAAAGGGGCAGCCAAAGGAGCUAGCAAAUCUGGUGCAGCAGCAUCAGGAGGAAAGGCUGUUGAUGCAGAGGGAGUGGGCGUUGUGAGGACAGGUGGGAAGGAGGAUGAGCAGCUGAGUGAGGAGAGUGUGGAGGCGAGUGAGGGAAGCGAGACGGAGAGUGAGGGAGAAGUGGAGGAGGAGAACGAGGAGGAGAGUGAGGAGGAAGAGGAGGAGAGCGAGGAGGAAGAGGAGGAGAGUGAGGAGGAAGAGGUGGAGAGCGAGAAGGAAGAGGAGGAGAUUGAGGAGGAAGAGGAUGAGAGUGGGGAGGAGGAGGAAGAGGAAGAGGUGAGGGAAAGGGAUGACAAGAUCAAGGAGCAGGGCAACGCAAGCAAGGGAGUGCACAAAGGCAAGGGGACAGUGUUGGGGGUUGCCAAGGGAAAGGGGGCUGCAGAGAAAGCGGAGGUUGCGAGUGGAGCGAAGGAGGCAAGCACAAAAAAGGGAGGUCACAAGGGGCCUUUGGAAGCAGCUGCUGCAGAUGUAGCAGCGGCGGCACCAGCAGGUGCAGGAGCAGCAGCAUUGACGGAUGUGGGUGGCACGGGGGGGAGCAAGACAGGAGGGAAGCGUGGGGGUGGAGGCAAGAAGGCUGAUAGCAAUCCUGCUGCCCCUGCCGCUGAGGCAGGAACACAAGGUGCAGCCGCUACUGCUACUUCUGCUGCGCCUGCUGCCCCUGCCCCUGCUGCUGCUGCUGCUGCUGCUUCCCCUGCUGCUUCGGCUGUUGCAGCAGCCAAGUCUGCGAGCUCCGGGGAGGCGGCUCCUCUGGAAGCUGGAAGAGGAGGGGGGAGGGGGACGGGAAACGCAUCGGCAGAAGGGAGGGCAGGAGAAGGAGGGAAGGCAGCAGGUGGAAGGGGAAAGACGGCAGGCAAGGGGAAGGCAGCAGCAGCUGCCGCUGCUGCUGGCAAGGCAAAAGGAGGAGCAGCAGCAGUAAAGGCGGGUGCGUCACGUGCAGCAGAGGCAGCAGGGGCAGGAUGGGCAGAAGGGCCAAUAGAUACAGCGAACCCGACGGGUCCAAGAGUGCCUCUUCGAAUGAGCGCACCACCAAGCGGCACCUUUCGUUACCCCCGAGCCACUUCCCCUAUUGCCUCCACUGCCCCUCUUGCCUCUGCUGCCCCCUUGCCUCCACCUUCCCCCACGGCUGGGCCGCCCAGUGUAUCUACUUGUUAUGAUGUAGUCGCAUUUGCCAUUCUAUACCGUGUCACUUUUUCCCACGUGUUGUUUGAGCUCGCCUCACUGACUGCUUGGCUUGCCCCUCCCCUUGUGGUUUCUCAACAGCCCUAUGCCGACCAGGGCAACGACCUGAUCGACGCGCUCCCAGCGGCGCUCUGGCACCGCAUUUUCCACCUGCUGCUGGAGCGCCCCUGCACCGCCACCCCUCCGCACUCCGCGGGCGGCCGCUACUACUGCCGCGCGCGCAGCACGGCGCAGCGAGCAGAACCCAACUCCAGAGGCACCGGCGGUGGCGGCGGUGCUGGUAAUUCUACUGGCCGCAAUGUCUCACGAAGCGAUGAGAAUGGUGCGGCUAGAGUGGAACCGGUGCCCGUGUUCGUGAAGGCCGGGGUGUCGCCGUGCUGGCUGCAUGCGCGCAACGCUCGCACAUAUGGCUCCUCGUGGCCUCUGCUGUGCUGCGCGCUCGCCAGCAAGAGGCUGCUCCACCUCGUCGCCUCCUUCUCCGUGCGUAGAGUGCUCCACUCGUUCUCUGUCCCUCCACGCCCUGCUCUCGCGACUGCUGCCCCUCCACACACUCGCAUUUUGCAUGAACAAGGCACGCCCAUGAGUCUGCACCUCACAGCCGCCCAGCCCCAGUGGACCACCAGCGUGCGCUGGCUGCUCUCCCGCUCCUCUCCCACCUUUCCUUUCCUCCGCCUCUCCUUCUCCCACCCCUCCCUCAUCCCCCUCAUUCGCCGCCCCUUCACUCUCCCCUCCUCUCCGGUCUCCUCCUCCCUCUCAUCCAUGCAACUAAGCUUGAGCAUUAGAGAGAAAUUCACAGAGGAGGAUUACCGCCAGAGUGACUGGAAUCUAGGCUUUCUCAAGACCUGCUCCUCCCUGCACUCCCUCGCACUCGAACGUGGCGCCUGGCGCUUGGGUAGAAGCUGCCUCACCGCUCCCUGGAUGCAGUCCCUUCGGAGCUUAACCCUAAAAAAUGUGGACCCCAGGGGAAUAUCUCUUAAAGCCCUGGCUGUCAUUUCCCCUCAGCUGCACGAAUUCUCGUUCUGCGAGCCGUGGAAGCUGGAGGAGGAGGGAGGGGAGGACUGCAAGGGACCCGUGCUGCUGGAGCUCGAGUUCACCAGGGCUCGCCGCCUCUCCUUCCGCUUCCUCACCCACGAGCUCAAGCUCAAACUCGCCCUUUCUCACGACUCCCUCGCCUCCUUCUCCGCCUGUGCCCAGUCCCUCACUCUCGCCUGCCGCUCUGCCCGCCCUCUCACCUUGACCUAG